GUCGAUAACGUGGAUUGCCCGCGCAGCCGUCAGUGCCGUGACCGACGCCGGCGCAGCACCCCGUCGCGGCCGCACCGAAAGCGCAACAACAAUACGUCAAAAUAAUAUAAACAAUACAAUUGAUAUGUGCCUGACUGCCGACCCGUGUUUAGUAAACUGUGCCAUGACGAACAUUGCUUUUACUUUAAACAGUUUGUUUUAAUAGAAGCAGAACCUUCGAUUGUAGAGCGGAACCAGAAGAUGGCUAUGAAGGAGUGGUUACAAUGGCUGCCGCCACCGCGUUCGCUGCUGGCGCUCUUGCUUGCUGUGAUAGGCUUCAGUGGUCGGUUGUUUGCAGCACACGUGACACACUCACCUACCCUGCUGGUUGACGCCUGUCAUUCCUUGUGUCGGCUGAUUGGCCUCAUUACUACUUUACUAGCUUAUAAGUACGAGCGAGCUGACGAAGGCGCGGGUCGAGAAGGUAGACUACGCAAUACAUUCGGAUGGGCGCGAAUCGAGGUUCUGGGGAGGCUAUCUGUCCAUGUGCUCUUCGCGUCAUUCGCCCUAGCGCUGGUGGUCAACGCGCUACAACUUGGAGUCCAUUCAUCACACGUCCAGCCGCCUAGAUACCCACGGGUGAUCUUAGGAGCCGGCGUCAUCGGAUUACUAUUGAACGCCAUAAAUUACAUGUUGUUAGCAGGUCGUGAACUGAGCUAUAGUCGACGGUUGAGUGUGACAGAAGGUGGUGGAGUUGUACUGAAGUCAGGCUCAAGGGAACCGGUCCUUGCUCAUGCUCCCAUUGAUAUUGCAAGCAGUUUAUUCGUGAUGGGAGCCGGAUUAACGCUGGAAUGGGAAUCCAGUGCCGCAGGAAUAGCUGAUCCAGGGCUGUCGGCGUGCGCGGCCAUUCUUCUUGUUAUUUUUAACUAUCCUUUCAUGCGAUCUGCCGGGUUGGUACUGCUGCAGACAGUCCCUGAAGGCCUGGGAGCGUGUGAUCUGAGAGCAGCUGCGCUCCAGGUGCCUGGGGUGCUGGCGAUACAUGAACUGCACGUAUGGCAGCUUCAUCGAGACCAGCUGGUUGCUACUGCACAUGUGUCAUAUAAUACUGAAGAGGAUUUCCUGAAAAGUUCGAGUCUUGUCUGUGACGUGUUCAAACGUCACGGCAUCGGCCUCGUGACCCUGCAGCCGGAGUUCACGCUUGCUGCCAUCACUGGAACAGUAGAAGAAAAGAAACUCCUGGUAGAACUGGCAAACGCGUCGUGCCCGUGUCCUUGCGCGAAAGAGUGCUGCGCGCCGAGGUGCUGCGCCGCGCCACGGAAACCAUCCAUUACUCGCAUUUAACUCAAUUAUUGGUUCGCUCUGAAUUGCGACUAUAAUCUGAUGUGCAGGUUAUUAUACUCCAACCGUCUGUAUAUUGAAUAACAGUCGGUGGCACAUGUUUGCAAAAAUACUGCCAGUGUGGAAAUAAAUCGUACGUUUUGUCGCAAUAACGGUAUUCUAUGUUACGGUAAAUUCGUAAUUUUUUGAUAUCAUGUAAUAUUAGAGGUACCACCAACUACCUAUAAUAUAUAACUACCAACCUAUUUAUUAUUAUUAAGUCUAUAAUUAGUAAAGGACACAAAGAUAUAUAAGCUCUUUACAAAUAUAGUUUGUAAACAGGGUAUCUACAUUAUUCAAUAAUAAGCAUUAAAAUUGCUUAUCUGUAUAUAAAUUAUUAAUUAAGAUUUUAUAACAUAAAACGUAUCAAUAGUACAACCAAAGACAUCUAUAGCGCAAAGACAGUCUAUAAAUAGUAAUCUAUUUGUUUCCACUUUUCUUACCGACCGGCUAGCAUUUCUAACAAGUUUCUCGAAUGUACAAAAUAGGUAGUAAAUUGACAUGCUUUGUACUCAUAAAAGAAAGUAUAGAAACUGCGGAAGCACAUGAUAUGUUCUUAGCUUCAUGUCAUUGAUACGUAUCAUUGAAUGUGAAGAAAUGAUCCAUUGUGUGAUCACAAAUGAACUCAUUGUUAAAUCAAAUUAACAAUGGCCUUUCGUAUUACUGGAGAUAAUGAAGGCAGUAUGGAUCGCUGAUAAAACGUUAUAUAAAGCGAUUUUGAAAUAUCAUAUUUGACCUAAAUAUGUUAGGAUUUUUUGGAAGUUUUUCAAUUAUAUUAUUGUGGCUAUUGCUCAAAUAUUGUGUUCCUCUAAUUGAUACCUUUUAAUCUUGCCGGUUGCACAUGAAAUGUGAACCUUAUUUAAAGCAAGAUUUUAGUUUGUCUGUGGUGGUAUAAGUAUUAACAAUUUCUGUACUGACUUAUCGUCUACCGAAAUUGUAAAUUAUUAAGAAUAAAACAGAAACACCAGAAAGUGCACAACUUUAUUUGUAAUACUUAUUUAAGCUAAGUUUAAUUGAUAUCCCGUAUUACCAGACCAAGACCACCACCACAAAUAUUAAAAUAAUAAAUAACCACUAUAAUGUAGAAUGAUUAUGAUAUCAUGUAAAAAGUUAAUAUAAUUUUACUAUAAAUUAAUAAUUAAUGAUAUUUUAUAAGUUGUUUUUCGUUUGACGAUAAAACUAGUGAUCAUUCGGAUAUCCGUACUCGUCACAGAUUUUCUAGAGGAUCUUUUAUUAAUUAUCUAUUUCAUUUAAAAUUAUAAAAUGCUGCGUAAUAACUUACAUUGUAUUUGCAUAUAUAGUAGUUGUUUUUUUUUUAAAUAAAAUAUUUGUCACCAUAACAUACCAGUUAAAUGUAAAGUUCACCAAAACAACUAUUGCGUGAGAAAAUAAAGAUCCGCGGAUCUCGACACUGAAUAUCCGUAUCCGAUUCCGGCACAUCACUAGAUAAAUCGUAACCUACCACAUAAAUAGAAUAGUUUGAUGAUGAGAGGAAAAAUUGAAGCGACUGUGAUGUUCCUAGACAGUAUUAUAGGAAACGCUAGAAUUAUUAAGUUGACAGAGUGCCGAAUUAGAAGAUAAGUUUACAACUAAGUAGAAUAAGUAACGUACAAAUCUUUUGUUGAUUAUUAAUAAAUUAUAACAAAUGAAUGUUAAAUAUAA